CUCUCUUUCUCUCUCUCUCUCUCUGUUUACUCGUUUGUUCCUUCAUGUGUUUGCAACAACAUAUCUGUGUGCCAAGCAAAUGAGACAAGCCCUUUUUUGUGAUUCGAAUCUCUUCGAUAUCUUGAAUUACCAUUUCCUUAUUCUCGUGCUUAGAAGCUACUCCAUAUAAACCCGGAUCUUAUUGCUACUUGAGCAAUAAACCCGGAUCUGUUGCAUUUUCACUUGAAAAAAUCCCAUCUUUUUUUUUUUUUUUUUUUCAUAUAUAGCAUAUAUUUUCUCCUCCCUUUUUAUUUUUGUUUUGUUGAAGUGGCUCACAUUUGGUGUGUAAAGGAAUCUGACCAGUGAAUGUAACAAGAGUUUAACAAAUACCUGAACUCUUAAAACAUAAACACAGCACUUUGAUAAAAGUUAUAACAAAAAAAACAGGAACACACGAGAGGUUUUGUUUUGUCGGUUGAAAAAAAAUGUCAAAUUCUCUUUCGCUGACGUUGUUGGCUCUCAACAACCCUCAGUUGAGUGCUCUCAACAACCCAAACGCGCGGUUGCGUCCUUUGACGAGCCUCACAAGCAGGGUCACGCGAUGCUCUGCCAUAGACAGCAAGGGGUUCUUGGGGACCCGGUUGCGAACGAGCGGGUCGGAGCGGUUCCAGUUUUGGCAAUCGGGCGGGCCGGGUCGGUUGCCGAAGCUGAGGGUGGCGGUUCGGUCGGCAUUCUCGGCUGUGCCGGAGAAGCCGUUAGGGCUUUAUGAUCCGGCUAUGGAUAAGGACUCGUGUGGGGUUGGAUUCGUGGCCGAAUUGUCGGGUCAAAGCAAUCGAAAAACGGUAACCGAUGCGUUGGAGAUGUUGGUGCGCAUGACGCACAGAGGUGCAUGCGGAUGUGAAGCUAACACUGGAGAUGGUGCCGGGAUUCUUGUUGCAGUUCCUCAUGCGUUUUACAAGGAGGUUGUGGAUUUUGAGCUUCCUCCCCAAGGAAAAUAUGCAGUUGGCAUGGUUUUCUUGCCUAAAUCCGACAGUCGUAGGAAGGAAAGCAAAAAUAUUUUUAGAAAGGUUGCCGAGUCUCUGGGGCACUCGGUUCUUGGUUGGCGUUCUGUGCCCACAGAUAACACAGGAUUGGGCAAAUCAGCCUUGCAGACUGAACCAGUGAUCGAGCAGGUGUUUCUUACACCAAGUGCUCACUCAAAAGUUGAUUUGGAACGACAGAUGUACAUAUUAAGGAAGCUCAGCAUGGUUGCCAUUACGUCUGCGUUGAACCUACAAAAUGAUGGCAUUAAAGAUUUCUAUAUCUGUUCACUUUCAUCAAGGACUGUUAUUUACAAAGGUCAGCUAACACCAGCUCAGUUGAGGGAUUAUUAUUCUGCAGACCUUGGCAAUGAAAGGUUUACGAGCUACAUGGCCCUGAUACAUUCUCGAUUUUCUACGAAUACUUUUCCUAGCUGGGAUCGUGCUCAACCUAUGCGUGUAUUGGGCCACAAUGGAGAAAUCAAUACACUCAGGGGCAAUGUUAACUGGAUGAAGGCACGUGAGGGCUUAUUGAAAUGCAAGGAGCUUGGUUUGUCAGAGACUGAGUUAAAGAAGCUUUUGCCCAUUGUAGAUGCAAAUUCAUCUGAUUCAGGAGCUUUUGAUGGUGUGCUUGAGUUUUUGCUUCACUCUGGAAAAAGCCUUCCUGAAGCUGUUAUGAUGAUGAUUCCUGAAGCAUGGCAAAAUGACAAGAACAUGGAUCCUCAGCGUAAAGCAUUUUAUGAAUACUACUCUGCUCUCAUGGAGCCAUGGGAUGGACCAGCUCUUAUAUCAUUUACCGAUGGUCACUAUCUUGGAGCUACAUUGGAUAGGAAUGGACUGCGACCAGGCCGUUUCUAUGUCACCCACAGCGGACGAGUUGUAAUGGCAAGUGAAGUUGGGGUUGUAGACAUUCCCCCAGAAGAUGUGUGUAGGAAAGGAAGACUAAAUCCUGGCAUGAUGCUUCUGGUGGAUUUUGAGAAGCAUAUAGUUGUAAAUGAUGAUGCCUUGAAGGAACAGUACUCAUUGGCAAAGCCCUACGGGGAUUGGCUCAAAAAGCAGAAGAUUGAACUUAAAGACAUUGUUGACUCUGUUCAUGAAUCUGAAAGAGUGCCACCAACCAUAGCAGGAGUGACUCCACUAUCUAAUGAUGACAUGGAUAUGGAAAAUAUGGGGAUUCAUGGUUUAUUGGCCCCAUUGAAGGCUUUUGGAUAUACAGUUGAAUCAUUGGAAAUGCUAUUACUUCCCAUGGCAAAAGAUGGUGUAGAAGCCCUUGGGUCAAUGGGAAAUGAUACUCCGUUAGCUGUCAUGUCUAAUAGAGAAAAACUUACUUUUGAGUACUUCAAGCAAAUGUUUGCUCAAGUGACAAACCCUCCUAUUGAUCCUAUUCGAGAGAAAAUAGUCACUUCUAUGCAAUGUAUGGUUGGUCCAGAAGGUGAUCUGACGGAAACCACUGAGGAACAAUGCCACCGGCUAUCACUAAAAGGUUCUCUUUUAUCCAUUGAAGAAAUGGAAGCCAUCAAAAAAAUGAAUUAUAGGGGAUGGCGGAGCAAAGUUAUAGACAUAACUUACUCAAAGGAACGUGGUAAGAAUGGGUUGGAGGAAGCCUUGGACAGGAUAUGUGCUGAAGCACAUGAUGCAAUUAAUGAAGGCUACACCACCCUUGUGCUGUCUGAUAGAGCCUUCUCUAGGAAACGUGUUGCUGUGAGCUCCCUCCUGGCUGUUGGUGCUGUCCAUCAACAUCUAGUUAGAACACUUGAGCGCACCAGAGUUGCCUUAAUAGUUGAAUCUGCUGAGCCACGUGAAGUGCACCAUUUCUGCACACUUGUUGGUUUUGGCGCUGAUGCUAUAUGCCCAUAUUUGGCUGUAGAGGCAAUUUGCCGACUGCAGGUUGAUGGAAAGAUCCCACCAAAAGCAAAUGGUGAUUUCUACUCAAAAGAUGAGUUGGUCAAGAAAUAUUUCAAAGCAAGCAACUAUGGAAUGAUGAAGGUUCUUGCCAAGAUGGGAAUAUCAACUCUGGCCUCGUACAAAGGUGCUCAGAUUUUUGAAGCUCUGGGUCUUUCUUCUGGAGUUAUUGAAAAGUGCUUUGCUGGAACUCCAAGUCGAGUUGAGGGUGCAACAUUUGAGAUGCUUGCUCGGGAUGCUCUUCAACUCCAUGAGUUGGCUUUUCCUUCCCGAGUUUUCUCUCCUGGAAGUGCAGAAGCUGUAGCGUUGCCAAAUCCUGGGGAUUAUCAUUGGAGAAAAGGUGGUGAAGUUCACUUGAAUGAUCCACUUGCUAUGGCAAAGCUUCAAGAGGCUGCCAGGACUAACAGUGUAGAUACCUAUAAACAGUAUUCAAAGCUCAUUCAUGAAUUGAAUAAGGCUUGCAAUCUGCGGGGGCUUCUGAAAUUUAAAGAGACAGCAGCUAAAAUUCCCAUUGAUGAAGUGGAACCUGCUAGCGAAAUAGUUAAACGGUUUUGCACUGGGGCCAUGAGUUAUGGGUCCAUAUCAUUGGAGGCACACACGACGUUAGCAAUGGCUAUGAAUAAAAUUGGAGGGAAAUCCAACACAGGAGAGGGAGGUGAGCAACCAUCUCGUAUGGAGCCUCUUGCUGAUGGCUCAAUGAAUCCCAAAAGGAGUGCCAUCAAGCAGGUUGCUAGUGGGAGAUUUGGAGUUUCAAGUUACUACCUUACAAAUGCUGAUGAACUGCAGAUAAAGAUGGCCCAGGGAGCAAAACCUGGUGAGGGAGGUGAACUUCCUGGCCACAAGGUUGUUGGAGACAUUGCUGUCACUAGGAAUUCAACUGCUGGGGUAGGACUUAUCAGUCCACCUCCCCAUCAUGAUAUAUAUUCAAUUGAAGACCUUGCCCAAUUAAUUCAUGAUCUCAAGAAUGCCAACCCGGCUGCUCGAAUUAGUGUGAAGUUAGUAUCUGAAGCUGGAGUGGGGAUAAUUGCUAGUGGAGUUGUUAAAGGUCAUGCCGACCAUGUCUUGAUCUCAGGUCACGAUGGAGGUACCGGGGCAUCCAGAUGGACUGGCAUAAAGAAUGCUGGGUUGCCUUGGGAACUUGGCCUGGUCGAAACUCACCAGACUUUGGUUGCUAAUGACCUACGUGGUCGCACAGUUCUCCAAACUGAUGGGCAACUGAAAACCGGAAGAGAUGUGGCCAUAGCUGCCCUUCUUGGUGCCGAAGAGUUUGGUUUCAGUACCGCUCCACUCAUUACUCUUGGUUGCAUCAUGAUGCGGAAGUGCCAUAAGAACACCUGUCCUGUUGGCAUUGCUACCCAAGAUCCAGUACUCAGAGAGAAGUUUGCUGGGGAACCUGAGCAUGUUAUUAACUUCUUUUUUAUGGUGGCAGAAGAGAUGAGAGAAAUUAUGUCCCAGCUUGGGUUAAGGACUGUUAAUGAGAUGGUUGGCCGUUCAGAUAUGCUCGAAGUUGAUAAAGAAGUUGUUAAGAACAAUGAAAAACUGGAGAACAUUGACCUCUCUUUAUUGCUUAGACCUGCAGCUGAACUACGGCCAGAAGCCGCACAAUACUGUGUGCAAAAACAAGAUCAUGGUUUGGACAUGGCCUUGGAUAAUAAGCUCAUAAGUCUGUCCAAUGCUGCUUUGGAAAAGGGUCUCCCAGUAUACAUUGAAACUCCAAUCUAUAAUGUAAACCGUGCUGUGGGAACUAUGCUUAGUCAUGAGGUGACUAAACGGUACCACUUAGCUGGUCUUCCAACUGAUACCAUCCAUAUCAGAUUUACUGGCAGUGCAGGCCAAAGUUUUGGUGCAUUCCUCUGUCCUGGCAUCACUUUGGAACUUGAAGGCGAUAGCAAUGACUACGUUGGUAAAGGGUUAUCUGGUGGCAAGAUUGUAGUGUAUCCUCCAAAAGGAAGUAACUUUGACCCUAAGGAGAACAUUGUGAUUGGUAAUGUGGCACUGUAUGGGGCCACUUGUGGUGAAGCGUAUUUCAAUGGGAUGGCAGCAGAAAGAUUUUGUGUGCGUAAUUCUGGGGCAAAGGCUGUGGUGGAAGGUGUUGGUGAUCAUGGAUGUGAGUACAUGACUGGUGGAACUGUUGUUGUGCUUGGAAAAACUGGUAGAAAUUUUGCUGCAGGUAUGAGUGGUGGGAUUGCUUAUGUUCUUGAUAUGGAUGGAAAAUUCCAAUCUCGAUGCAACCUGGAGCUUGUAGAUCUGGAUAAGGUUGAAGAGGAAGAGGAUAUCACUACUCUUAGAAUGUUGAUACAGCAACAUCAACGUCACACAAAUAGUAUGCUUGCCAAAGAAGUGCUUGUUGAUUUUGAGAAUCUUCUUCCUAAAUUUAUCAAGGUGAUCCCUAGGGAGUACAAACGUGCUCUUGCAAGUAUGAAGUCUGAUGAAGCCGAUGCAGUGGAGCGCAAAGAUGCAGAAGAGCAAGAUGAUGAAGCACAAGCAAUCGAGAAAGAUGCUUUUGAAGAGCUUAAGAAACUGGCGACUGCAUCUUUGAAUGAGAAACCAAAUGGCAAUACUGAUGAUUCACCCAAGAGGCCAAGUCGAGUCGCAGAUGCCAUUAAACAUAGAGGUUUUGUUGCUUAUGAGCGUGAGGGUGUUAAGUAUAGGGAUCCUAAUGUUCGUAUGACUGAUUGGAAGGAAGUGAUGGAGGAGACAAAGCCUGGUCCACUUUUGAAAACACAGUCAGCACGUUGCAUGGAUUGUGGUACUCCUUUCUGUCAUCAGGAAAAUUCUGGAUGUCCUCUUGGAAAUAAAAUACCAGAAUUUAAUGAGUUAGUAUACCAAAAUAGGUGGCAAGAAGCCUUCGAGAGGCUUCUUGAAACAAAUAACUUUCCAGAGUUUACUGGUCGCGUGUGCCCAGCACCUUGUGAAGGUUCUUGUGUCCUUGGUAUCAUUGAGAAUCCGGUAUCUAUUAAAAGCAUUGAAUGUGCUAUCAUAGACAAGGCUUUUGAAGAGGGUUGGAUGCUGCCACGACCUCCAGUCAAGAGAACUGGGAAAAGAGUAGCCAUAGUUGGAAGUGGACCAUCUGGCUUGGCUGCUGCAGAUCAACUAAAUAAAAUGGGUCAUUUAGUUACAGUGUUCGAAAGAGCUGAUAGGAUUGGAGGGCUUAUGAUGUAUGGGGUUCCCAACAUGAAAACUGACAAAGUGGAUGUAGUUCAACGGCGAGUUAAUCUUAUGGCUGAGGAAGGAGUGAAUUUUGUGGUGAAUGCUAAUGUUGGACAUGAUCCGUUAUACUCUCUUGAUCGACUUAGAGAGGAAAAUGAUGCCAUUGUCUUGGCUGUAGGAGCCACAAAACCAAGGGAUCUUCCUGUACCUGGACGUGAGCUGUCAGGAGUUCAUUUUGCCAUGGAGUUUCUCCAUGCAAACACUAAAAGCUUGCUUGAUAGCAAUCUUCAGGAUGGUAACUACAUUUCUGCCAAGGGCAAGAAAGUUGUUGUCAUUGGUGGGGGUGACACAGGCACGGAUUGCAUUGGGACAUCCAUUCGCCAUGGUUGUUCUAGCAUCGUAAAUCUUGAACUUCUCCCUGAGCCACCACGAACUAGGGCCCCAGGCAACCCGUGGCCUCAGUGGCCUCGCGUAUUCCGUGUAGAUUAUGGGCACCAAGAAGCUGCUGCUAAAUUUGGCAAAGAUCCAAGAUCGUACGAGGUACUGACCAAGCGGUUUGUGGGAGAUGAAAAUGGAGUUGUGAAAGGACUUGAAGUGGUACGUGUUCGCUGGGAGAAAGAUGAGACCGGCAAGUUUCAGUUCAAGGAAAUUGAGGGCUCUGAGGAGAUUAUUGAGGCUGACCUUGUUUUACUAGCCAUGGGAUUCCUUGGUCCUGAAUCUACAACUGCUGAGAAGAUGGGUGUGGAGAGAGACAACAGGUCAAACUUCAAGGCUGAUUAUGGUCGCUUCUCAACAAGUGUGAAAGGGGUGUUUGCUGCCGGGGAUUGUCGCCGGGGACAGUCACUGGUGGUGUGGGCUAUUUCAGAGGGAAGACAAGCCGCUGCACAAGUUGACAACUACCUCACCAAAGAAGACAGAGACCACAGUAUUGACGGAAAUCAGGAUGGACUUGUCAAGAGGCAACAACAAGACCUCAACAAUAAGCAGCAUGGCAGCAGCAAACACACAGUGAUGACUUAGGAAGGCUUUGUGGUUUUUCAUGCACGUAAAGGUUCCAAAGGGAAAUGCACAUAAUAAAAAAAGAAGAUUGUUUUAAAGUUCGAGCAAGAGUAGUUCCAUUGGGUGAGGGGGAAAAUAAGGAGAAAAACAAUAAAAGAAAAAGGAAUUUCAGUGUGUAAGGAAAGCAAGAGGUUGUCUUGGUGUUUGGUGGGUUUUUAGGGUAUAAGGUUAUUGAAGAUUUGAUUAUUGUUCAGUUGUUCAUAGUUUUUAUUCGGUCUUUGCUUUUGGGAAGGUUAGCUCUUAGUACGAUUGUGUGAAUUGAAAUGUACAGUUUGAUAAUUAAUUAUUUAUUUGGA